CUUCUCAAAUAGCUGGUAAAUCAGGUAAUCACAAGCCAUUCCUACCCAUCAACCUUUCACUCAAGAUUCCCAUGUGCACAUGGUCACUCUCCAGGAAUUCUGAACUUGGUGAUGGACAAGCAGCUGUAAAGGUGAUAUUAGUGGAGGGGUGGCAUGAUUUGGAUAACAAAGACUAUGACUGCUGGCCCCUGGAAAAACCAGAUGAGUAUAACAUGCUGGACUGUGGAGGACUGGAGAUGAUGUGGGUGCAAAGGCCUCCAGAAAAGGCUGUGAGUGGGGAAUCUUUCAACGUGACCUAUGCAGUCUUUGCUUCAGACAGCUUUUAUCAAUAUGCAGUGCAAAAUGGAAUCCUUUCCCACAGCAAUGCUCCUGCUGCAAAGGAAUUCUGUGAGGAGCAUGAAUGCCCUGCCAGAUGGAAAGAUGCAAAUGAGGAGAACUGCUGUGUCUACCAUGCCAACAUUCAUUCCUGUCCUUUGGCCUUCAUGGGUAAAGGAGGAAUUUGUGGUCCAUGGAUCCCAGAUGAUGGUCAGAUAUUUACUCACACUUUGUCUACUGCUGGAAAAAUGAGCCAAAGAAACUGGACUACCAAGGUUGUUUUAGUUCAUGCGGGUGUGACUUCUCUCAUUGCACACAUCCGAGUCGGGAAAAUGCAAGCUGCUCUGGAAGCAAAAACCACAGUCCUUCCUGCAGUAGUCUGUGGAGAUGGCUUUUGUGAGGAAGAGGAAGGCUGUUCUAUCUGUCCAGCAGACUGUGGGGAAUGCCCACUUUCUGCUGAUGCCAGGAUAGCAGUUGCCUUACCAAUAUGUUUAGUCUGCACUGGCUUCAUUUUGACAGUCAUGUGGUUUCAAUAUCAGAAACAAAAGAUGCUUUGGGAUGAAAGUUGGAUUAUAGAUUUCACCUGCAUCAAACAAGAUCAUGUCAUGUGGACAGUAACAGGAAGCAUGAUGAGUGCUCCCCCAGCACCCAGUGUCUCCAACGUCAGCUGUAUCACUGCUCUGAGCUCCUGCACAGCAGCUGCCAACAUGUCCAGGAAACAAUACUUCACCCAGACUGGAAGAUAUGAUGGUAGAACAGUGGCCAUAAAGAAAAUAAUGAAGAAAGCAUUCACAUUGUCUAAAUCCAUACGUAAAGAAGUAAAGCAAGUGAGGGAACUUGACCAUCCCAAUCUCUGCAAAUUCAUUGGAGGUUGUAUAGAAGUCCCAAAUGUUGCCAUUGUCACGGAGUACUGCCCCAAGGGAAGCCUGAGUGAUGUGCUCUUCAAUGAAGACAUUCCUUUGAACUGGGGUUUCAGGUUUUCUUUUGCUACUGAUAUUGCACAAGGAAUGGCUCAUCUUCACCGCCACAAAAUGUAUCAUGGACGGUUGAAGUCUAAUAACUGUGUGAUAGAUGACCGGUGGGUUUGCAAAAUUGCAGAUUAUGGUUUGCAGUCAUACAGAAAAGAAGAUUCUCCUGAGGGAUCAAGCUCAUGCCAGCAGCAUUUGAUACAGAUUUACACAGCUCCUGAAAUACAUUCGCUUUCGGAGUUUGAACCCAAUUCUAUGACAGAUGUCUACAGUUAUGCUAUUAUUUUACUAGAAAUUGCCACAAGAAGUGACCCUAUGCCAAAAGAUAGUAUGCACUCAGCUGAAUAUUUUUGGUGCCCACCUUUGUCAGAAUUAAUUUCAGGAAAGGCUGAGAAUUCUUGCCCAUGUCCCACAGAUUACAUAGAGUUAAUCAGAAGAUGCAGAAAAAAUAAUCCAUCCCAAAGGCCUACAUUUGAACAAAUCAAGAAAAUGUUGUACAAGAUGAAUCCUAAUAAAGUUAGCCCUGUUGACAUGAUGAUGACUCUGAUGGAGAAAUACAACAAACAUCUGGAGGUACUGGUUUCUGAGAGAACCCAGGAUUUAAUGCAUGAAAAACAGAAGACUGAUCGUCUAUUGUAUAGUAUGUUGCCGAAACAAGUAGCAGAUGAUCUCAGGCAGGGGAAACCUGCACAAGCCCAAAGUUACUCGAGUGCCACCAUCUUUUUCAGCGACAUUGUUGGCUUCACUCAGCUGUCCAGCAGCAGCACACCGUACCAAGUGGUAGAUCUCUUGAACAAGCUUUAUACCACUUUUGAUGAAAUCAUAGAUAACUAUGAUGUCUAUAAGGUGGAGACAAUAGGAGAUGCCUAUAUGGUGGUUUCAGGAGUACCCAAAGAGAAUGGGAUCCUUCACGCCGGUGAGAUUGCAAGCAUGGCUUUAGACCUCCUGGAUGUCUGCAAGACUUUUAAGAUCCCACACAAGCCCAACACCCUUCUAAAAAUAAGAGCAGGAAUCCAUUCAGGGCCAGUCGUAGCUGGAGUUGUUGGAACCAAAAUGCCACGGUACUGUUUGUUUGGAGACACUGUGAACACAGCUUCCAGAAUGGAAUCUACCAGUGAAGCUCUUAAAAUACAGUGCAGUUCAAGUGUAUACCAACUGUUGGAGCAGAUUGGAGAGUAUGUGUUAGUAUGCCGUGGGAAUUUACAAGUCAAGGGGAAAGGAGACAUGGUAACAUACUGGCUUGAAGGUAAGAAAGCCUCUGACUUCCAGAAGACAAACACCAGUACAUCUGUAACUCCUCAAGAUGCCAACAGAACUUCAUACACUUUGAUACCAGGCGUACUUUCCAGUGAUCCUCUCUGAAGUCCUGCUUACUAGCCAAUCACUGGCUCCAGUAUCCAUUCCGGUUUUUGGCUUGCUAGAUCAUUCUGCUGAAUUAGAAAAUUAGAAAAGAGGUAGCACACCCCUUUGGCCUUGUGAAUAUAUUAGCUCAGAUUUCAUUCACAGGUGUCUCUCCUACCAGUGGCACUGAAAACACAAAAAAGCAAAAACUUAUCUUGGGGAAUAAUACAUACAUACAGCUACCAGGGC